CCUCCCUGGGAAAUGAAUGGUUCUACCUCUGAGCAUAUCCUGAGCCCCUGUGAAUGCACACCUCCCCCUUUGCUGGUCCAGAAGCGCCGUUGCUUAUCAGCUGUGGAGCCUGCUGCAGGAGACUGGGGGGCAAUGGAAGAGGAAGAGGAGGAUGAAGGCCAAUUCUUGGGUGUGCCCAUGCGCAAGCUGGGCGUCCUUAGCGUUUCUGCGGAUGCCUACGACUCCUUCCGAAGGCACAGCUGGGAGCCAGGGAAAGUGCUUGAAGAUGACCUGGGUUUUGAUCAGCGAAGCAUGGGUAUGAAAGGGAUUGACGACUCCUCCACAGAGCAACUGGACAGGUAUCCUUGGAGCCAAAGGGACCUUCGCCGAGCUCCCAUCAUCCGCAGCAAUAACGAAAUGGAGUCCCUGCUCUCUCGUGAUGAAGAGGAUGAGGAGGACCAGGAAUUCUCUCAGGAACAUUCCCAGAGGAUGAAGGGCUAUCGUGCAUCCCAAAACUCCAUCGGUAGUUCUCUGUCCAAGUCUGUUUCCAUGAGUGGCAUCGACAGCUACCCAGAAAUGGAUGGUUUUUCCCUUGAUGAUUAUGUGAGCCUGUCCAGUGGCUUCAGCACUGGGAGCUGCGGGCGGCUGGACGCCACCACAGUGGAGGCCAAGGAUCAGGUGCACCUGCAGAGGGAGGGGACCCCCCUGGGGCGGACCCUCAGCUUCUUAAAAAAGAUGACUGGGAAGUCAAAGAACAAAGAGAAAGAAAGGAUGAAGGAGACCAAAGACAAAGAUGCCCGCUAUACCAACGGGCACCUCUUCACCUCCAUCACCGUCUCUGGCAUGACCAUGUGUUUCGCCUGUAACAAGAGCAUCACUGCCAAAGAGGCACUGAUUUGUCCCACUUGCAAUGUUACCAUUCACAACCGCUGUAAAGAUACCCUGCCCAACUGCACCAAAGUCAAGCAGAAGCAGCAAAAAGCAGCCCUGCUGAAGAACAGUUCAGCCCUGCAAACAGUGUCUCUGCGAAACAAAACGGCCACCAGGGAGCGCCCCAAUUCUGCCAUCUACCCCUCUGAGAGCUUCCGCCUGCUGGGGGCCCGCCGGGGUCGUCCCACUUUGUCCCUUUCCAAAAGUGUCUCCACUACAAACAUUGCAGGGACCUUCAAUGAUGAAUCUCCCCUUGGCAUCCGGAGGAUCCUUUCCCAGUCCACCGAUUCCCUGAACAUGCGCAAUCGAACACUCUCGGUAGAGUCCCUCAUUGACGAAGGAGCUGAAGUCAUAUAUAACCAGUUGAUGAGCGACUUUGAGGCAGGCGAGAAGGAUUUUGAAGCUGAUUCCUGGAGUCUGGCAGUCGACAAUAACUUCUUGCAACAACACAAAAAGGAGGUCAUGAAGCGCCAAGAUGUCAUCUAUGAGUUGAUCCAGACAGAGCUCCACCAUGUGCAGACGCUGAAGAUCAUGACCAACCUCUUCCGCAAGGGCAUGCUGGAGGACCUCCAGAUGGAUGAUGCCCUGGUGCAGAGCAUGUUCCCCUGCGUGGACGAGCUCAGCGAGAUCCAUGACCGCUUCCUCAUCCAGCUCCUGGAGCGCCGCAAGGAAUCGCUGGCUACCGACAGCAACAAGAACUUUGUCAUCAACCGGCUGGGAGACAUCCUCAUCCAGCAGUUUUCGGGCAGCAGCGCUGAGCAAAUGAAGAAGGCCUACUCUGAGUUCUGCAGCCGCCACGGCAAGGCUGUGAAGCUUUACAAAGAGCUCUUUGCCCGGGACAAGCGGUUCCAGCAAUUCAUCCGGAGGCUGACACGGUCAACAGUGCUAAGGCGGCAUGGGGUACAAGAAUGCAUCCUCCUGGUGACCCAGCGCAUCACCAAAUAUCCUGGGCUUAUUGACCGAAUCCUGCACAACUCCAAAGGGAACGAAGUGGAUCAGCAGGAUCUGAGCACCGCCCUAACUCUGAUCAAGGACCUCAUUUCCACCAUCGACCAGGAGGUGCAUGAUUACGAGAAGAAUGCGCGGCUGCAGGAGAUCUACGGGCGGUUGGAUGGGCGCACCAAGGCCCACCUGCCCCGGGAGCGGGGCUCCUUCUGCAAGGAGGAGAUGCUGCGGCGCAAGCUGGUGCACGACGGCUGCAUGCUCUGGAAGACGGCCACUGGCCGCUUCAAAGAUGUCCUGGCGCUUUUGAUGACGGACGUUCUCAUCUUCCUCCAGGAAAAAGAUCAAAAGUACACCUUCCCCACCCUGGACAAGCCGGCUGUCAUCUCUCUCCAAAACCUGAUUGUACGAGACAUCGCCAACCAAGAGAAGGGCAUGUUCCUCAUUAGCAACACCCCACCUGAGAUGUAUGAGGUGCAUGCCGCCUCCCGCGAUGAGCGCAACACCUGGAUGAGGAUCAUCCAGCAGACUGUUCAGCUUUGCCCUGACCGGGCUGACUUCCCACUAAUUGAGACAGAGAAUGAAGCCUCUCUGAGGAAGCUGAAAGAUAAGAUUCAGCAGCAUGACCGGGAAAUCGCAGAACUCUUGGAAGAGAAGGUGGGGCUCUUCAGAGACAUCCUGCUCCUUCAGAGCAGCAGUGAGGAUGGCCCCUUGAGCUGUGUGAACCCCCGCACCCUCUUCCGCACUGAGUCAUCGGACACCCCCCAUGGCGAGAAGCUGAUCCAGGAGGCCAUCAAAGAAGUGGAGCUUCUCAGAGACCUCUUCGUGGGACCCAGCUGGGACCAAAAUCACAGCCAGGCUCCCAACGGCUGCCCCAGCCCGAACCCCAACAAUGCCACAAAUGGCAAAACCGGAAACAUGAACGGCUCUCUUGAAUUUACCAGGGUUGAGGCUGACUCAAAUCAACGGGAUGGGAAUGGAAAUCAGCUGCAGCAGAGAGUACCACAGGAGGAGGUGCUGCAGCGGCUCAGGACUCUCUACUCCCUACUUCACAGCCUGCAGGGAGUUGUGGCACAUCAGGAUACCCUUCUGGAGCUGCAGCUGCAGGAGGCUGGCGAACGGCGGGAGAGGCUGAGCCGAACCAACUCGCGCAAGGAAGGCUCCUCCUCGGCGGACCGGCAAGCCACAGACCUCUCGCUGCUGCAGAAGCAACAUGCCCUGCUGCAGGAGGAGCUGAGCCGUUGCCGGCAGCUCUGCCAAGAGAAGGCGCAGGAAGCGGCAGCCCUGGAGGCCCGGCUGCGGGAGAGCGAGCAGGAGAGGGCUGAGCGGGAGCAGGAGGCAGAAGAGGCGCGCAGGCAGCUGGUGGCCCUCAGGCAGCCCGUGGAAGCCGCCUGGGUCCGGAAGGGGGCAGAGCCCCGGAGACGCAGCUUGCCCGCUGGCGACGCUCUGUACCAAAGCUUCACCCCGCCUCUGGCUAGCAGAGGAAGUGAUCCACUCUCCCCCGGCUGCCACUCUCUCCACCGGACCUUUGCCAGUUGCCAGCAGGAUGAGGUGGCUUACCAUGGCGUACCUGGUAGACUUCAGGAGAGUGAGCGGGAUUUGGACAUGCUGUCAGGAGAAGAAGGGUUGGUCAACCAACAGUCUCCUCCUUCCAGCCCACGAGAUUUCCAGAGGAUGCAGGACAUCCCAGAGGAGGCUGAGAACAUCCAGGAACUGAACAUUGGAGACAGUGGCUCAUCAGAUAGUUAGACUGUGUGGCCGGGGUGGAGUACCAGCCCAAAGCCACCAGGCAGGGACUGCUGCCACCAAACGCCAACUUUCCUCCAGUCAAAGCCACACCGUGGAACUUCAGGGAUUUAGAAACAUGCCAAGUGGGUUGAGGGCGGAUAAGAGGGAAACCGUGUCCUGAGAGCAGGGAAAGACAUAGGGAACUGGGCCACAACUCUCCCUGGGUACCACUGCUUGAUCUGUGGCCUUUAUCAUUCCUCACUGAUGGACGAUGGUUUGGGGGUCUAUUCUUAUUGCCCCACAGGGUCUCUCCAAUUCAAAUUGUGGGGAGCGUGGUGGCAGGGAGAGUCUAGGCACCAUGAAUAUCAGGGGACCUGGUAUAUCACUGAUUCCAAGCUGCCCACGUCUGUGCAGUUGAACUUUAUUUAUUUUGGGAAUGGGAGGAACCUACCCCCUCCUUAUGAAGAAUAAGUUUUAAAUUAUUCUUUAUUUUUUUUAAGAAAAUGGGUUUUUUUGCUUUUCCAUGGGACUCUGUGAGUAUAUGCAAGGAUGGAAGGAACAAAGGAACAUUUUCUAGUUUCCUGGGCAACCUCUUCAUCAUGAGAAGGGCGAGGAGAGAGGUCUGUCAGCUGAGAUGAUCCCUACAAAUCCACAAAGUUCUUAACACUCUGUGUGCCCCAAACAAUAUGUCCCAACACCAAGCUGGUGCACCUUCAGUAGAGGAUUUAACCACGUCAACUCCCUUAUUAGGGAAGGGAGCAUUUCCACUUUGGAGUCCAGUUUUCCUUUUGACCCAUGUAAGGCAUUUUUACGUUGUUAUCUCUCACACAUGCACACACAGAAAUCUGCUGCCGAGAAAGCAAUGUUCUGUGGGGAUGAGCAUUGCUGUCUUCCUGUGACACAACAGCACAAACAACAAACUUCCUCACACAUGCCUCUUGAAGGGAACCCUUUACAUUACAAAUCAGUAAACUGGUUACGUUCAUACUUGUGUAGGGGUCACCAUUUUCCCCCUUCCAAGGAGAUUUGGGGGGUUAUAGUUGUGACAGGGACUAGAAGUGUUUCAGGAAUAAAUGUUUGCCCCUUGCCAUGGACCGUCAGUUCCUGAGAAUGUUGACCGUUAUUAGUGGGUUUACCUUUGAAGUGCUGACACACCCUUUUGCCCUCUGGCUACCAGGGACGUUUUUUCAGGAAUAUGGCAAGGGGCCUCUGAAUUGUCUUGACAACUAGUCAAGCUGCUAAAAAUCAGCAAUUCCUCACUUUGAGAUGAGCCUGAUUAAUGUAAUUACAGUUUGCAGGAGGCAAACAUCCACUAUGCACUAUGAUAGCCUUUGCCUACCUGAUGCCCUCCAGACGUUUUGGAUUACAACUCCCAGCAGCCCCAGGGAGCACAGGCGGGGAAUUGUAAUCCAAACUAUCUGGAGGGCAUUGCAUCAGCAAAUUCUGCAUUACGGUUAGCGUGAGUGUGACCCUUAUCAGAGCCUGCUGUUUUGUAAAACAUGGAGAAACACUGCCUCUUUAGCAGACACAGCUGCUGGAAUUACAGCCUCCCAGAUGGUGGAUUUUGACCUAAUGUUACUUGAAUGAUGAUGAUAACUUUUGAGGAAACUACAACAGCACAAUUCUGCCCUGCUACCCAGCCAAGGAAUUAAUGUCCUCUCCCACCCUCCACAACAGCCAGGAGUAGCAAUGUUACUGAAAAGAGAAUUCUGCUUUCCUUUUCUGGUAGAAUUGUCAAAGUACAAAAGCCUCCAUCUGAAUCCCCAGAGUGGAAAUCGAUAGCGCUCGCUACAGGUUGCUGGUGAUGAGGACCAGGGCAUAUUGUAUAUUGGGGAGGGGGGCUAAGCAAAAACUAUCUUUAUUUAAACUCAGUCUAUAGUUACUUUCUUUUUCUACCAAAGGUGAGGAUUUUUCUUUAAGGAUGGCUGUCUGGGGGAAAAAGUUUUAAUCCAGGGAUUAUACAAGGAGUUUUGAUCAUAAGCUUGAUCAUACGUUCUUAAGGGAGGUUGGACUAGAGCUCUGGAUCUUACACCACAGCACAUUGCAUUGAAAUUAACAGGGAGCUCCUGUUGCAAUGGGGCUUAUGCUGGAUCCUGACCCAUUGAAAGUUAGCUCCAGAGCAAAUUCACAUAGCAGCAUUUUUUCUGCCAGGCGUGAAUAUAAUUAAAAAAACAACAGGGAUCAUAAUUUGCAAAUGAACUACCUUUUCCUCCCCAUUUUAUAAAAAGAAAAAAUCAGGCUCUCACACAGACCUUAAGAUGUCCCAAUUGUAGGGUUCCUCAAAAUCUCUUGAGUCACGUUGGGGACACAUUUGUGCAUCCAGUGGGGUAAGCCCAUUUUGGAUAACAGAAGUGUUGAUAAAGUAAAAUGCUGCUCCCCUCCUCUUAUGGUGCCUUUCUGAUGGCAAAUGCAUCAUAUGUAGAAAUAAAACCCAAUGGGUGUCUUUCCCUCACCCCCAUUUUUAAAGUCUACAUCAUCCAGCAAAAAGAUCUUUUUUUAAAAAAAGUAAUUUUAAAACAUUAAAUCCUACCAUGCUGACCAAUUACACCUCUUAAUACGUUAAAAGAGAGAGAUUGUUACAAAAGAUGUUUUGUUUUUAAAUUAAUGCUCAAGACUGAUUUAUAUAUAUAUAUAAGAUGAGAAAAUGGUUUAGUUUCCUGUUGAUUUACCUUGUAAAAGGAAAGAAAAAAAAGGUUAAUUAAAGAAGUCAAAGCCAAGAAUGUGUCAACUUUGCUGGGGGUUGAGUUGGGGGGGGAGUUGGUUGAAGGGACGGAGAUUUCAUCAAGCACAAGGCAAGAAGAGCAGGGAAGCUGGCCGUGGAAGGGGUGUGUGGGGCAGAAUGAACUGGUUCCCGAGAGAGCACACUGAUGGAAAGGACUGGGGUCCUCCUGGGAUGCAUGUGGCCUCCUGUGCCCCUUGCGGUUGGAUACUGUUGAGUCCCCACCACUAAUACAGACUGGUCUCGUGAUAAAUUCUGAAGUGCAGGCAUUCCUCACGACAACCUCCAUAGUUGCAUAUCUCUAAGACUACAACAAACAUGGUUUCUUUGUUUUUUACCACUGCAGACGUAAUUGUGGGUUCAGUGCCAAGCCAGCUUUUUCACUCUCCUCUCCUGCUUUGCACAAUAACAUCCAGUCUCAUAAAGAGUUCUAGUGAACUCAAAAGCCUACUCACUGUUAUGUGAUGUUUUGAUUGUCAAUAAUAAAGGGGCUUUGGGAUUUUUCAAAAUAAAAAUGGCAAUGUUCACACUUA